AGUGUCCUUGUGCAUGGACCUUCAUAACUUAUAGCUUAAGUGGUUUGCUGUGAUACAAUUAUCGUUAUCCAAAAAUAGACGUAGUAGUAUAGUUAUGUCGAGGAAUUACAUAAAAGUGCUUUUGAAUCCUUUUCGUGAGAGUAAAGUGUUGGGUUCACUGCUGAAAUGGCUGGAGCCGGGUGCGAGCAAUAGUUCUGGGGUGCAUAAGGGAGGGAAUGAUGAGGUCCCAGUGAGCCGGAGCGGCGCCGCUCAGUACAGCUCUGGCGUGCGCAAGGUGACGCUGAUCCCUGGCCAUGGAAUCGGCCCUGAGAUCACGGUCGCCGUGCAGAAGAUCUUCGAGGCCGCGAAAGUCCCGAUUGAAUGGGAUGAGGUCGACGUCACAGCUGUUAGGGGCCCUGACGGCAAGAUGGGUAUUCCUCAGAAAGCCAUUGACUCUGUAAAUGCAAACAAAAUCGGUCUUAAGGGACCGUUGAUGACUCCAGUCGGUAAAGGCUACCGCUCCCUGAACUUGGCACUGCGUAAGGAGUUUGACUUAUAUGCCAAUGUCAGACCCUGCAAAAGCAUGGAGGGUAUCAAGACCCUGUACGACAAUGUAGACGUAGUGACAAUCAGAGAGAACACGGAGGGAGAGUACUCGGGCAUCGAGCACGAGAUCGUGGACGGAGUGGUGCAGUCCAUCAAGCUGAUCACGGAGGAGGCGUCCAUGAGGGUCGCGGAGUUCGCCUUCGUAUUCGCCAAGGAGAACAAGAGGAAGAAGGUCACAGCUGUACAUAAAGCUAAUAUUAUGCGUAUGUCAGACGGUCUGUUCCUGCGGUGCUGCCGCGACGUGGCGACCAAGUACCCCGACAUCAAGUUCGAGGAGCGCUACCUCGACACCGUCUGCCUCAACAUGGUGCAGGACCCCGCCAAGUUCGACGUAUUGGUGAUGCCCAACUUGUACGGAGACAUCAUGUCGGACUUGUGUUCGGGUCUCGUCGGCGGCCUCGGCCUCACGCCCUCGGGCAACAUCGGCAAGAACGGAGCGCUAUUCGAAUCCGUGCAUGGAACAGCGCCCGCGAUUGCCGGCAAAGACUUGGCCAAUCCGACCGCUCUCCUGUUGUCCGGAGUCAUGAUGCUGAGACAUCUGAACCUUCACAACGAAGCUGAGAAGAUACAACGAGCCUGCUUCAGGGUCCUCAGGGAAGGGAGGGUGUUAACUCCUGAUCUAGGAGGGAAUGGAACCUGCUCCGGUUUCACUGCGGAGAUUAUCAAAUACUUGGACGAGCCGGAGCAAUAAAACCUUGGUGCUUAAUAGCUAGUCAUUGUUUUGGAAGGGACUAGGUACAAAAUAAUAGUGUCUCUGUACUUUAUAGUAGGUUGUCUACUGAUAUGUCUUUCUGUAAUCGAUUCUGAACUUAAUUGUUUUGUGUGGUAAGGUUGAAAAUGUGUUGACAGAAUAGAAAAGUAAAUUGAUUCAAUAUCUUUACUUAAAGAUUUACUUUAACAUUUUUUAAUUAUUAUUAUUACAAAACAAGUAUUAUCAUGUGCAUUUUGUUAGAUAUUUUUUUCUGAAUAAUUUUGUAAGUGGUUGUAUUUAGUCCUGUAUCGAAACAGUGGCGUGUCGGUGAUGAAAGGUCGCAUUGUGAGGUAACACAUGAGGGUUAGUUCAAUUACUAGAUCAAAUUGUUGACCUAUUUAGUGAUAAGUGUGCAGUUUACUGGCUGAGGUACUUGAAAAUUAACUUUUGAACAGAAUUACUGUAUAAAAAUAAAGAAUAUUCUUAAAAAAUUGAUUUAAUGUCAGCAUUCUCUUCAAUGGGAGGAUAUCAAUCGAACGCGAGUGAAGAUAUAUAAAAUAAAUAUUACAACUAGUACUGCAUUGGUUUUUGAAGCUAUCCGAAAUAAUAUUUCAGCAAACAUGUAACAUUAAAGUGAUGGUCUAAGAGAAAAUUGAAAGGUAAAAAUAAUUAUCGAAAUGAUAUAUAGCUAAUAUAUCAUUUCGAUAAUUAUUUGUUUAAAUAGAAUAUUAAGUGUAUGAUGCUAGAUGAAGUCUCGGGUUCAUACCUCAGUCAGUGCACUCACAAGCCGGUAUAACUGCCAAAGAAGUAGUUGACAGUGUAAUUUAUUUCACUAUUUAUGUACAUUCCCUGCGUAGAACAUAGAUCUGCUGUUGUUUUUAUAUUUAUUCGAUUGUUUUUGUAGAUGGGAAUCAAAAUGAAAUUUCUUCAUCUACUUGAAUUAUCAAAUAAAUAAAAGUUAAAGCCAUAGCUUACUUACUUCAAGGUCAUCGUUCAUUAUAGUCACCCAACAACCGGUAACCAAAAUAUGAACUUCGCGUCGUUCGCCGCGUUGACCGCUGCUGGACGGCGGGUGGACCACUAGUUGACAACUCGUCGCUCGCAUGAUUGAUAAUUGUCGUAAACGCAGAACAAAAAAUAAACGACUACUCGAAAAUGUAUGGACCAUGCGAUGUCCAUUCGUUGACUGCGCGACGUUUCCUAGUUGACCACCCGACGUCCACUCGUUGUCCACGCGCCGUCCACCCGCGAACCAGCUGGUCGGGUGCCAGUUGAUUCUAAUAGGCGAUGGCCAUUUUAGUUAUAUACUUUGCCUUAAGUUACCAAUUACCAUUUCAGUCUUAACACAAGUAUUACUACAUUUAUUGAGAUUAGCCUUGUAUUAAAUAAAAUAAUAUUACAGCUGAUUAGUACAAGUAAUAUUCGACCUUAUGACAUUGAUAUUUGAAUUGAAAAUAGUAGUAUAAUAUUAUUUUCCUAAUAGGCUAGAGUAAGACGGAAGAUAGUGAUAUAGACGGCUGUUUUUUUUUUCUUUAUUCCAGUUAGUUCAAUGUAGCAUUGUGAUACAGUGAGAUAUUUAGUAAAUACUUUUUUUUCGAAUCUAGAAUACAUGUCCGUGGUCUAAAUACUUAGUUUGUUUCUCGAAAAUAUACCGAAUACGUUAACGAAUUAAGUCGAAUUUUGUGUAACAGCGGCAGUUAUGAAGAUUGAUACUAAACAAAUGGUAUUAUGAAAUAUACCUACAAAAGAUAAUGUGUAUGUCCUCGUAUAUUUUUUGAAGAGAUGUGAAAUCGUGGAUAUUCUGUCUCACUCGGCGUACUUAACUACACAUGAAAAAGAACUUAAUUCAUGUAGAAAUAUGAUGCAUUUUGUUUUAUCAAAAAUGUUCGAGUGAGCGGGAAAGAAGUAGUUAUAAAGGCGUUUAAUACAUUAAAAUGUAGUUUUAGUUAGAAAUGAAAUGUUUGUGUCUGUUUGAAAUUAUUUAUUUUAGCUCUAGAACCGGCUAGAAGUUUGAAAAUAGACAAAAAUUAAGUAAACAAUAUUUUUCCCCUUUAUGGGAAACUGAACUUUAUGGGCACGUGAAUAAACUUUCAAUUUGCUUGUAUCAAUAGGUUUUACACCAGGAUUUUAAAAGUUAUUCUUUCUUAACACUAAAUGCUAGCGUGUGAGCCUGUAUACACAAAUUCACUGCCAUUACAUAAAGAAUAAGGCUUUUAAAAUUACCAUAGAUUAAAUAGAAACAUUUUUUACCAUUAUCAAGUAGUUAUCUUUAUUUCUAUAAUGACCAAGUACACAAAAUGCUGUGAAAACAUGAUUUUACCAUUUUAUUGUUUAAGCUUAUUGUUUAGUUAAUUUAUGAUUGAAUAAGUAGCAAAAUAAAUGCAUUAACUAACA